AUGGUGGAGGUUUCGGAGCCCGGAUUGAAAGAGGAGGAGAUUGAGCUCGAUUUAGGGUUGUCAAUCGGAGGCAGUUUCAGAAAACCAGAGAAAUUGCAGCUCGUCAACGGCUUCGGCUUGGAUCGGAGAGGAAAGGAAAACCAAACGGCGUCGUCGGAGCCGGAGAGCGCGCUUCUUGAUUCGCAGACGAAGCGAGAGAUCCAGGCUCUGCGGAGGCAAGAGGCGAAGAGGAAGCGCGAAGAGAAGAGAAGCCGAGGAAGAAACGAGGCCCAAACAGAAGAGCAACAACAGCAACCGGCGAUCAAGAGAGAGAGAACAGAGACGAACGGGAAUGUGAACGUCAAUCUGAAUAUGAAUAACAGCGAAACGGAGCCCCGCUACCCGGUUCAACCGGCUCAGUACCCGUACCCGCCGGUGCAGUUCGUUCCAUACACGAACGGCUUCGCGUACCCUUGCGCGAUGCCGUGCUGGGCUCCCGGCGGCGGCGGCGGUUUCAGGCCGUUUCAGGCGCAUAAAAAUUUGGCGAAUAACGGGUGCGAAACGGAGCAGAAUGGUGGAGUUGGUAAAACGACGACGUCGUCGAAUGGCGGAUUGGGUAAAACGGGGUCGUUGAAUGGGUCCCCAAUGUGUAGCUCCUCUACCGUUUCUGAUCAUCAAAGCGCAGUUUCUCAUGAAGGUGGUGGAAGCAGUGAGACCAGAAGCCAUUCAGGCCAGAGCUUACCAGAAAAAACCCAUUUGAACAAUGGUUCAAUAUCAAAAGAGACCAAGGCCCAAUCUGAACACACAGCUACCUCCAACUCAUUUAAAUCAAAUUCUCAAGGCAAUGAUCAAAAACUGGCUCCCAAAGAAGAACCCAAAUCAGGAAACACAGAGCCAGUUUCAAUUGCCAAACCCAUCUCAUCAAAUGGAGAUUCUGCAACGGCAACAAGUACUCCAUUGAAGGAAAUUACCAAAAUGGACCCCGUUGCAAAGCCCCCAAAACCCCAAAUGCAGACCGGUUCUCUUCCCCAAAUGCCUUAUGUCUCCACCACGGGGAAUGGCCCAAAUGGGGAAAACAAUUCAUGGCAUGCUGGAGGCACUGAUGUAUCUCAGCCUCUGAGACACAUAACUGUGAUCCCAUCUGCUUUUGGUUGA